UAAGGAGUACGAUUGCUAUUUCUUCAAAGAAUAAAUCGUAAUUUUUUUCCCCAAAGUCUCCGUAUUGUUACGUGUUCGAUUUUGAUUUUCUUGUUCAAAGAUUGGUGGAAAGCAAAAUGAUCGGCUUAGCUUUUUCCUUAUAUAAACAGUAGAAUCCAUCAGACUCAGCCUCAGUCUCGGAGUUCCAACGAAAAUAGUAACAGAGAGCAAGAAUUAAAGAAAGAAAGAGAGAGAUGAGUGAAACAGGGAAGGUGGUAUGUGUAACCGGAGCAUCAGGUUACAUAGCUUCAUGGCUGGUUAAGUUUUUACUCCAACGUGGUUACACUGUCAAAGCCACUGUUCGUGACCCAAGUGAUCCAAAGAAAUCAGAACACUUACUUGCACUUGAUGGAGCAAAGGAAAGGCUCCAUUUGUUCAAGGCAGAGCUAUUGGACGAGGGGGCUUUUGAUUCGGUAGUUGAUGGGUGCAUAGGAGUUUUCCACACGGCAUCUCCUUUUUAUCACAAUGUCAAGGAUCCUCAGGCUGAAAUGAUUGAUCCAGCUGUUAAGGGAACACUUAAUGUUCUUAAGUCAUGUGCUAAGGUUCCAUCUAUCAAACGGGUGGUUAUAACAUCCUCAAUUGCGGCUGUUGUGUUUAAUGGAAGGCCUCUUGGUCCUGAUGUUGUAGUUGAUGAGACUUGGUUCUCAGAUCCCACUUUUUGUGAGAAAUCAAAGCUUUGGUAUAUGCUUUCCAAGACGUUAGCUGAGGAGGCUGCUUGGAAGUAUACAAAAGAGAAUGGCAUUGAAAUGGUUGCAAUAAACCCAGGGUUGGUGAUUGGACCUCUCUUACAGCCAACGCUGAAUACAAGUGUGGAGCCAAUAUUAAAACUUAUUAAUGGGUCUGAAACGUUUCCAAAUAUGACUUAUAGAUUAAUAGAUGUUAGAGAUGUGGCCAAUGCGCAUGUACUAGCAUUUGAGAAUUCUUCAGCUUGUGGAAGAUACCUUUUAGUUGAGAGAGUUAUGCACUGUUCUGAAGUCGUGCAGGCUUUACAUGAGCUUUACCCUGCUCUUCGACUUCCUGAAAAAUGUGCCAAUGAGAAGCUAUUUAUGCCGGUCUUUCAGGUGUCGAAGGACAGAGCAAAAAGUUUAGGUGUUAACUUUACCCCUUUGAAGGUGAGUAUAAAGGAUACCGUUGAAAGCUUGGAGGAGAAGAACUUCUUUAGUGUGUAAUCUAUGGAAUUUGUGUCAGCUAGUCCGGUAAAUUACUACUAAUACAAGAAUAACUUCUUUAGUCUGUAACCUAUGAAAUGUGUGUCAGCUAGUCUGGCAAAUUACUAUUAAUAACUGGGGACUUCCCUUUUAUACAUUAGUUCAUCGUUCUGAAUGUCAUAUCUGCUCUUUUAGUCGCUGUUCAUGUGCUUGGAGUGUUUAGUUUUAAGCUUAUGGUUAGCUAUAACUCGAGACAUGCGGAAUAAGAAUGUUAU